AUGAAGUUCAACAUCGCCAACCCCACCACUGGUUGCCAGAAGAAGCUCGAAAUCGACGAUGACCACAAACUGCGAGCAUUUUUUGACAAGAGAAUCUCCCAGGAGGUCAGCGGCGAUGCUCUUGGAGAGGAAUUUAAGGGAUACGUCUUUAAGAUUAUGGGAGGAUGUGACAAGCAAGGGUUUCCAAUGAAGCAGGGAGUGUUGACCCCCGGCCGUGUUCGCCUCUUGCUACACAGAGGAACCCCGUGCUUCCGUGGUUAUGGAAGGAGGAAUGGUGAGAGGAGGAGAAAGUCUGUUCGUGGUUGCAUUGUCAGCCCUGACCUUUCUGUUUUGAACUUGGUGAUUGUGAAGAAGGGUGAAAGUGACCUUCCUGGAUUGACUGACACUGAGAAACCUAGGAUGAGAGGUCCCAAGAGGGCUUCUAAGAUCCGUAAACUCUUCAAUCUAUCAAAGGUCGAUGAUGUUCGGAAGUAUGUCAACACAUACCGCAGAUCAUUUACAUCAAAGACUGGCAAGAAGGUGAGUAAAGCUCCCAAGAUUCAGAGACUUGUCACCCCACUGACCCUGCAAAGGAAGCGGGCAAGAAUUGCAGACAAGAAGAAGAGGGUUGCAAAGGCCAAGUCUGAGGCUGCUGAGUACCAGAAACUCCUUGCCUCAAGAUUGAAGGAACAAAGGGAUCGACGAAGUGAGAGUUUAGCCAAGAAGAGGUCCAGGCUGUCUGCUGCCUCGAAGCCAUCUAUUGCAGCAUAG